ACACGGACAAUAGGCCUUAUGGGCUUUCAUCUAAACAACUGCAGCCUGCUUGAGAAGCGGAAGGAAAGAACUCAGUACAUGCUACAGAGGGAGGGGGAGCUUACUCUACAGCACGGGACCAAAAAGCAACGAGAGAGAGAGAGAGAGAGAGACCAAAAGUUGCCGGCGUUGGGCUUGGUGAAGGAAGCCCAGCUAAGGGGCAGUCCAAGGAGGGAGACCGAGGUGGGAGUGUGUAUGUGUGUGACCUGUGACCUACACCAAUCUGCUUCAGGAAUGACAGGCAUUCAACUGGCUAUGAACAUAGGAGCCCUGGCUGCAUCUGGCUGCAACUCUCGGGGAAUAGGACAGCCCAACCCAGCGAAGAAAUGAGACACAAGGAAUUAUUUGUGAUGGAAAAGCAGGGUAGGGGCAGCCCGAGAGCCGCAUGAUUUUGCUGGACAUAAGGCCCCUGUGGGAACCUGAGAAAUGGGCCAGACCUCCGUCUCAACUUUGUCUGAGCGAGGGAGCAGCGUUGAUGGGUUGGAUAAAGCUUCCAUUACAAAUUGUGACACACAAAACUCAGGCAACCAGACACCCCCUCUGAAAAGAAAAGGAAGACUGUCUUCUAUAGGUAAAAUUUUUAAGCCAUGGAAAUGGAGAAAGAAGAAGGCUAGCGAGAAGUUCAUAGAGACUUCAGCAGUUUUAGAAAGAAAGAUAUCUAUGAGACAGAGUCGAGAAGAGCUAAUACGAAGAGGAGUCCUAAAGGAGAUACCAGAUCAAGAUAGCGAUGUUCCUGUCAAUGUGGGAGCGUCCAAUGGUCACACUGUGCCAAUCAGUGAGGAACCCCCUAGAGAAAAAAAAACAGCAGCUGAAAAUGGGACAGUAGCCUUGAAAUCACCUUUAUUAGAAGAAAAAACACAAGAACCUACAGAGAGGCCUCACAACAGCCUAGAGAUGCUGCCAACCACUGCUCCAUCUCAGCCUAAACAAAAAAAACCUAACUUUCCUCCUAAAACUGUAGCAGCUGUUAGCAGCCAUAAGAAAGUUGAUGUAGCUGCAAAACAUACUGUAGCGGCAUCUAAUAAACAGCCACCGGCAGUUCUUCCUAAGCCAUCUAAUCGAACAACUUCCCGUAGCUUUGAGCACAAUGAUAAAACAACUGGAUCAGCAGAGCUCAAAGCUAGAAAAACAGCUGCAUCUUCCAAAAGUACGGCUCACAGUCCAAGCCAGAAGAAAGAUGAUCUGCCCCAGAAAAAAACAGCCAAGGGCAUAACUAAACAACUUUCGGCCCCACCACCCAAGACAGCGAGCCGACCUGGCACCCAAGACACUGUUGUUUCUACAAACAGCAAAAAAACAGCUGCCACCAAGUCUUCUUCCUUAACUACAGCAUCUUCCUUAUCCCAACUGAAACCUAAGGAGCAAGUGCAGAGUAAAACUGGGACACACAGAGCCAAAAAAGUAACCAGUAAAACUAACUCCGUGUCAACAGAAGGAGGGUCUCAACCCACAUCCUCAAAAGCACAAUCUAUAGGCCAAAAAAACCCAGAAAGGACAGACCAGUCAUCUCAACACUUGGACUCUGAAAUGCCGGAUGUUAACCAGAAAAAAACAGUAUUAUCCGAAGAAAACACAAGCCCACAUUCCACAUCUCCUGCUUUGAAACAUGAAGUGAUGGUGUCAUGCAGCAUAACAAAUCCAGAGCAGGAAGACCGCAGUUUCAACCAGCCAGUCAUAAUCUGUGAUAUAAGUGAGCUAACUGUAAAAGAGGGCAAAACCAGUCCACAGACUGUGGGCAUAUCAAGUGAUAGUGAAGAAAAUGAAUUCAGGUCUCAGCCUUUGGAAGGCCAAGAGGAUAGCUCCAGCUUGCUAAGCCAGGAUACGAUAGAUGACGCUUCUAACACUGUUAUCAAUCCUGAUGGUGACAGUGAAGGCAAGGAGAGCCAGACUAGUGACUCUGACUCCGAUGGGCCCAUCCUCUACACGGACGAUGAUGAUGACGAUGACAGCUCUGAGAGUACUUUAGCAAGUAAAAUUCGUCGUAGAGAUACACUUGCUAUCAAACUUGGAAACAGGCCGUCUAAAAAGGAUCUGGAAGAAAAGAACAUUUUGCCACGAAACUCUGAAGAGGAGAGGCAGGAGCUGUGGCAACAGAUUGGAACAAAACUAGUGAGGAGACUCAGCCAGAGGCCCACAACAGAAGAGCUGGAACAAAGAAACAUUCUAAAGCAAAAAAAUGAAGAAGAAGAGCAGGAGGCAAGAAAAGAACUGAAACGAAGACUUACAAGAAAGCUCAGCCUAAGGCCCUCAGUUGCUGAACUGCAGGCCAGACGAAUCUUGAGCUUCAAUGAAUAUGUAGAGGUUACUGACUCUCUGGACUAUGACCGCCGGGCUGAUAAACCCUGGGCCCGGUUAACCCCUGCUGACAAGGCUGCAAUACGCAAAGAACUUAAUGAGUUUAAAAGUACAGAGAUGGAAGUGCAUGAAGAAAGUCGACAGUUUACAAGAUUUCAUCGCCCAUAAUGGUUCCAUCUUCACUGAAUAUAAUUUAUUAUCCUUUGGACAUUCUACUUCAAAAUACAACUUUGCACUGGAUUCAAUGGACACAAACUUUUGAACACUGGGCCUUUUCUUAUAAUAUAGGAUGAGAUGUAGGAAAACCUCUUCGUACCACAGAAUGGCUCUGUAUGGUUAUUUCCGUGAAAGCUUGAAUGAAGGAAAACUUAAACUGACAAUCAUGUAUCAUAAGGACAAAUCUAUUUUUAUGAAAGCCUUAUAAAAUAUUCAGCCCAGUUUUACAAGAACAUUGCUAGCUUCAGUAUGGAAUGUCAUUGCCUACCCUUUCUGACCCUAUGGCUGCCAUAAGAAGAUUACAUAGUUUUGGUAUUGUCCAGCCUUCUUAUAAAUAGACUUGCAAUUGUAUGCCUAUACUGUGUUAUAUUCCUGCUAACAAUUUUGCGUCUUUCCAUACAAUCAGCUGAUUUAAGGAAGCAGAAAGUGAAUAACAUUUGGCCAACUUAAAACCAGUUUGUUUUCAGAAGUAGACUGUACAUUAUAAUGCAUUGUUUUCCACUGAACAAAUUUAAAAUGCAAUAGUUUUCUAUAAAUGGUAAUUGUCUAAAAAGCCUUCAACAUUUAAAGGACUGCACCCAGAAUCCUUAGUUACAAUUCUCUGGUAGCCCUUUAUAUGUGCCUAAGCAAGGACUUAUGGCCUUAAUUAAGAUCAAGUUGGAAAUGUUUUAAAGUGUAAAGCUUAUGAGGUGCAAAGAGUGUUGCCUUGUAGCCAUCCACAUGAUAAAAUAUGCUAACAAUAUUGAUAGUGACUUGUAUCAAGUAACUUCAAAAUGGUGAAUGUUGGUAAAACUUGGUUAUUGUUCUUUGAAAUUGAUUUCAGGAAAUGCUUGACAAUCUGAUCAGUUUUUUAUGUAACAUCGGAAGAUGCCUUUUAGGAAGGUAUACAGUCCUUAACCUGACUGAGAGUUAUUAAAUUGAUCAUAAAUUGAUUGAAAAAAGCUCACGCUUUUAUGUUAUUUUAAGAAUACUGCUUGCAUGCCGGUUUCUAAAUCUUGUUAUGAAAGUAUGCAAUAUUCUCUUGAGUCUACUUGGCUGGGUGCUUUAAAGUCACAUUACAUUUCUUUUAUACGCAUACUAAUAUAUUGUUUCAAAAUUUAUUGCAGGCUGUGAUAUGGGAACAAAUAGUGUCCAACAAUAAAAUAAACAAUAACUAGCACUUAUUUAGUUCAUUUUAAUUGUUAUUAACCAACCACUAAUUGGUUAAAGGCAAAUCAUUUAUGUCAAACCAUUGGUGAAAUUAGUAUUGUUUAGGUAUUCUUCAGUAAAAAAAAACUUUUAUCUUUCAUGUUUUUUUUUUUUUGUUUUUUUUUUAAACCAUAUAGUCAAAUGUUGCCCAUAAGACAGAAGCAUUCUGAUAGCCGGCCAAUGAACAGUAUUUCCCAGUAUCUUACAUCAGUUAAAGCGUGGCUGCCAUAAUAGUUGUAAGCAUGCGCCCAAACAGUAGUGGAUCUUUAAAAAAUAAAAAUAAGUAUUACAAAUUGGUAAUUAUUGAAAUGUUAAAGUCUUUAUUAUGGCUUAGGUGCUUUUAAAGCCUAAUGUUUUGAGUCUUAGAGCAAACUGACUUCCCAGAGCAAACAGUGUGUUGUAGAUACGUUGUGGGGGGCUCAGCCCUAUAAAUGUAUGCCACUGGGUAAAUGUGUUUUUUACAAAGCCAGAAGUGUGUGAGCUUUAAUUCAUUGCUACGUUGAAGUAAGCUGUUCUUUUAUUUGCCAAACACACAUAAAAUACAGUAAUAUAAAAUACUAUAAAAUACAGUAAUUGGUUAAGUGGUGCAUAAUGAAGCAUAUAUAUAUAUAUAUAUAUAUAUAUAUAUAUACAUAUAUAUAUAUAUAUAUAUAUAUAUACAAAUGAGCAAGAAUGUGACUGCAAACUAGCUUUCCCAUAUUUGUUUGACAUACUAGGGUUUUUUUUUUUUUUUAUUCAGAAUGUAAAUGAAUUGCACUAUUAGUGUGUUACCAUUAAUUUAGGGUAGUUACAUUUAUAUUAAUAUAUACUGGGAUUAACCUUAACUGUGCUUUAUUCUGCAAUUGCGUACCAACAUUUCAAACCAUAAAAUUAGACCACACCCAUACCUGUGCAGAUCAGGCUGUAAUAAAAACAAAAUCCCAUUGUUUUCUGUAAAUCCCUUUUGGUCUUUAGUUGGGAGAUAUGUUAUCAGAAAUGUAUAUAUUCUUAGUUUUAAAGUGUUAAGUAUCCCAUUUGAACUAUAUUCACAGUUACCUGCAGCUUUGCACUCUGUCCUUCAUAUCCAUAUAGCAUUAUGCACUGUUAGUUAUUGUUGCUAGCUGCAAGUUCUGAGUAGCAGUUACUAUGGGGCUCAAUGUGUUGACACAUCAAUAAACUUUUAGGAACAUAGGGGCUGAUUCUUGGGCUGUGUUUAUCUGCAGACUGAAAAUCUGCCAUGUUUGGCAGGAGCCUUUUUCCUUGACAAUGCCACCACAUCACUAUCUACUAUAUAGUAAGAGUGGCCAGGGAAUGUUGCAGCAGAUUUAUAAAUCAUUUAACAUUUUAUAUCACUAUAAAUCUUUGAAUAUUAUUUGAAUAUUAUUACAUGUUAGAUACAUAAGCCGUCAUAAGCAAGCCAUCAUUAUUUAAAUAUCUGCUGCUCUGGUGACAUGUAUAUACUUGGGAUUGCCAUGCCCACAUCUGAUGAGUGAUGGCAGAAGGAGCAAUAGGGGAGCACUGACAUCACAGGUAGUGGUAAACCUCCGUGUUUUGGGCUAGCCAGCAAAACACUUUCUUUAUUAAAGGCUUAAGUAGGGCUUUGAUCCAGGCUAAUGGGGGCCCUUAAUAUUAUCCAUAAUUUUAGAUUUUGUGUCUGGUUGUUUAAAUUUACAUUCCACUUAAAAAUUUUUAUUCUGAGCUCAAGACUCUAUAUUUACUGAUCUCAAGAUUUAUUGGAUCUUUAGCCAUAGCUAAAUAUCUACAGAUCCAGUAGUCCUGGGGAAUAUAUAUGAUUUCAGUGUACACAUUCCUCUCUGCUAUAGGGGUCUUAUUUUAUAAAAGAAAUAUGCUUCCUAGUAUAUGAUCAUAUAAUAGUAAUAUUUAAUUUUUAAAAAAAUGUCAGUACAUUAAAGGAGACAAUGCAGACUAUUUGCCCUGUGCAUCUGUUUUAACCUUUUUUUUUUUUUGCCACAGUCCCCCCCCCCCAGAGUUAUACUGUAAUGCAACCUCACCCUCACCAGUUAAAUGGUGUUUUCUUGAAGUCGCUCUGCUUUCCAAAGAAUCUGUACACUACCCACUUUGGCAAGCACUCUUAUCAUAAGGGAUCUUGGGAAAAAGCUCGUUGGAAUUAUCAUGAUUCCUUCAGUAUCUGGAAUCUGGUAUGUUUUUGUAAAAAAUCAAUAAGUUUAUAUCUGCUAAAGGGAUGUAUAUUUUUCUCUUUAAUGCCAGUAUUGAUAUGUGAAGUGCAAUUGUUACUUGAGGUUGGAGUCUCCCAACUCAGAAAUGUCCAGCUUGCAGAUACUGCAUAAAAUAUGCAUAUAUAUUGUAUAUAACCUUUGCUGUUGAACAUUAUUUUAGCUUUCUACCUUUUAUUUGUGCAUUUUCAUGUACUUACAUAUUUGCUGAAAACAGGUCCCAUACCGGUAUUAAUAUUCCUAAUCAUGUGUUUGGCUCAGUGGGCGCAUCUAUAAGCUGUUCGGGUAGAAGUGUCACCAGAAAGGAAAUGUCCACAUUCUUGUAGCCUUCAAAAUAGCGUUAAAAAAACAGGGAUCAAACUGCACACACUGAACUAUAACUAUUGGGCCUAAUAUGCCACAUAAGUAAGAAAUAUCAGACUGGGACAGUUGUGUAAAAUAAGUCUUGGGUUUUUGGAGCUCAAGCUCAAAUUUACCAGAUGGGAUAUUUUAUAGUUCUUUGUUCAGCAGAGUAUGUAAAGUUGCUUUCCACUGAAAGAGCUGCCUCACACUUAUAUUUAUGUGCUUUACAUGGCUAAAGGAAAACAAUGGUAUACAGAGGAAUACAGAGGUGAUAAUACAUAAAAACUUGCUUCAGGCCUAAACAGCCUGCGGCUGAAAUACAACACGUGACAUGCAUGCAUUCAGCCAGCCAGCUGAAGAAAUAGGUAUAAAUAUUGAUUAAAGCACUCCAGUAUAACCAGACUAAAUCCUACUUCUUUCAAAUGUUUGCUUUAAAUGUUAACUGACACAUGUGAUGAUGUUUCUCUAUUAUUUCAGCUUUUAGACAUCUUUUACCUAUAACUUUUCUGUUAUUCUGUAAAUUAAAGUAAUACAUAGUUUUCGUUAGUGGAUUUAAACCCCAAAAAAUUUAAAAAAAAAAAUUGGGUCUUCAUUGAAAGAAAAUGUUAGUCUAAGCAACAUUCCAAAAUACAAUGGUUAGUGGUUUUAAAAUUAUUUGUAAAUUAAUUUGCCAUUGAAAGCGUUACAUUUUAUGUCUUUCUGCACUGCUGGUUCUGUCUCUUGAAUAAAUGUAGCAGCUGUCAAUCAUGCAGCUGGCUUCAGCUACAUUCUGUGUACAUAGCAAGCUGUGCUUUCAUGUUGUAUAGUAUAGAAAUUGCAUACAUAGGCCAUAUUUUGAACCUUUGAUGGUUGGGCAUAAUUAUAAGCUAAAACUCUUCUAUACAUUGACUUUUUUGCCUUAAACCAUGUAUACAGGGAUGUAACUGAGAAAAUGUUUUCUGCUGGAUGCAUAAUGUAUAUUUUAUAAUUGUGAUGAGAAUAUAUCUAGCAGUUGUGAUUUUAUUCCGUAUGUGCGAGUAUUGUACGUGAAUUGUAAAUAAAUUGAUAUGUACACUGGUCGAAUACAUAAAAUAAUUAGAAUCAACUGUUUAAGCAUACUGUACUAUAUUAAGGUAUACUGUAUAAUAUGUAUACUGUAUGUGUUUUCAAUUGUGUACUCUAAAAAUGUAUUAUGAUUUUUAUAUGUAUAUAUUAUGCAUUAUUGCCUAAUUACUAUUUUAUGUUAUACUGUAUUGUACAAGCAAAUUUAUUUCCCACACUCCUUCCUGUAUUAUAUAUUCCCAUGCUGUGCACACUUUUUUAAGUGCCUUAGUACAUGUAGUUAUUAAUAUCUAACAAAAUUAAAAUUGUUACCUUAAUAAAAAAUUACAAAAUAGA